AAAGAUGGCGACGGCAUACGCGCUAGCGAGAGUCGACUGUGCCGGUGGAUAAAAAGUGCUUCAAAGAGACACAAAUCCGCGUCUUUUGCAAACAUUAAGCGGUGCAAAGUCUGCCUGAAACCGCCUCGACAUGGUUGAGUCCAUGCACGGUUAGAAACCCGAACCCGAUGCCUUGCAAUGGAGCCUCCGGAUCGCAACAAGCCCAGCAGGCAGUCCAAGCCAGUGAAAGAUGCAUCCCAACAGAACUCUGGGGUGGAUGAAUCCUUGGACUCUCCUAGUGAGGAAGAGGAAGCUGUGUAUGGCACAACACCUCCCUUUAACCACCGUCAGAUGAAACGCAUGUCUGGCAAACAUCAGCGGAACAGCCACGCAAGGAGUGUUGGACGUUCUCCUAACAAGGUGGAACUUGGCCCCUCUGUUGUGAGAGAGAGUCACAGGCCAGUGGAAACCCCAGAGGAGCAUAGCUACAAGCAGGACAAAAAACAUCGGGCCACACUGCGCUCCACAGAGAGAGACCACAAGAAAACCUUUGAAGAAUCCUUCAUGCUGGAUCCACUCUCGAAGUCGAGCCCAUUUGGAGGCCUCAGCAUGGAUCCCAGGAAGCAUUACUUGAGUUUGGGCUGCAGCAGUGGCAAACUGCCUGUGUCAAUGCCACAUAUUGCCCGCACCCACCGCCAGACCUCCAGGACAGACUGUCCUGCUGACCGCCUCAAGUUCUUUGAGACUCUGCGCCUGCUGCUAAAGCUCACAUCUAUGUCCUCUAAGAGGAAAGAGAAGGAGCAGAGAGGCCUGGAGAACACAGCCUUCAUGGGACACAACAAGGAGGUCAUUUGGUUGGAGCUGCAGGCUUGGCAUGCACGCCGCUCCACCAGUGAUCAAGACCUUUUUCUUUUCACUGCCCGCCAGGCCAUCCCUGACAUCAUUAAUGAGGUGUUGCACUUUAAGGUCAACUAUGAGAGCCUGAGAGGCACCCUGUGUUCAGGGUCUGAAAUGGUCCAGGAGGAUUAUCAGAGCAUCUCCGGUUUAGUCUUUGGCGAGGAGAGGGAGCCUGGUGUAGCAGAGACCAACCACUGUGGAGUAGAUCCAUGGGGAUUUAGCUCAUGUCCUUCGACUGCGAUGAAUGCAGCAGAGCCUCUGGGUCCUGGCACUGACUGCAGGGAACACCUUCAGCGCCAGCGGCUGGCCUUUGAGCAGGUUAAGCGGGUCAUGGAGUUGCUGGAGUCUGUGGAGGCUUUCUAUCCCUCACUGCAGGCUCUGCAGAGGGACUAUGAAAAGUAUGCAGCACGAGACUUCCAGGGCAGGGUGCAGGCGCUCUGUCUGUGGCUCAAUAUCACCCAGGACCUCAACCAGAAGUUGCGUGUUAUGGCCACUGUGCUGGGCCUCCAUGAUCUAUCCCGUAUUGGAUGGCCUGUCUUUGAAAUCCCUUCACCUCGCUGCUCCCGUGGCAAUGAAGACGAUGAGAAUGAGAACAAUGAGGAGAGUGACUCGACAGCGACUUUUACAGCUGAAAGUGAAGGGGAGGACAGAGAUCUUGAAGAGGAGGGGGAAUUAGGUCAUGUAGCAGAUGGAGAAUUGUCUCCCUCCCUUACUCGUAAAUUUGCCCGAUUGUUGUCAGAAGACGAGUUUCUCCCAACUGCAACUGAAGGAAGUGCAGAAGCAAAAAUGGGAGGGGGAGUUUUCUGCCCCACAGCCAUAUACAGACCGUUUGUGGAUAAAGCUCUGAAACAGAUGGGACUUCGUAAACUGAUUCUCAGACUGCACAAACUGAUGGACCGCUCUCUUCAGCGGUCCAGAGCGGCACUUCUACGCCACACACCUGCACUGGAGUUUGCAGACUUCCCAGAUCCUAUGCUGUAUAGUGACUACCUGCCAGAGCUUGCACGCCACGAGUCCUGCAGUAGUCCGGCUAAUCCAGAACUCGGAGCAGACCCGGUAUCCUGGGAGGAUUUGAUGGACAUGGACCUCCCAUCCUUCCGGCCAGCGUUCCUUGUGCUGUGCAGAGUCCUUCUCAAUGUCAUUCACGAAUGCCUUAAGCUGCGACUUGAACAGAGGCCUGCUGGAGAGCCGUCACUGCUCAGUAUCAAACAGUUGGUGCGUGAGUGUAAGGAGGUUCUUAAAGGUGGUCUUCUGAUGAAGCAGUAUUAUCAGUUCAUGCUACGCGGGGUUGUCACAUAUGCUCAGGGCGUGCAGACCAAUGCCAAUAUUGAUGAGUUUGAAGAGGAUCUACACAAGAUGCUUGAGGUUUACUUUGACUACAUGCACAGUUGGAUCCAGAUGUUGCAGCAGCUGCCUCAGGCCUCUCACAGCCUGAAGAAUCUGUUAGAGGAGGAGUGGAACUUCACCAAGGUUAUCACUCCUUAUAUCCGUGGUGGAGAGGCCCAGUCUGGGAAGCUUUUCUGUGACAUCGCUGGGAUGUUGCUCAAAUCCACUGGGGAGUUCCUGGAUGCUGGUUUGCAAAGAAGUGGUAAUGAAUUCUGGGAAAGUGCAGAUGACAGCUCGGCCUCAGAUGAGAUCAGACGGUCCGUUAUUGAGACAAGUCGUUCACUUAAAGAGCUGUUCCACGAGGCCCGGGAGCGAGCGUCCAAGGCUCUAGGUUUUGCCAAAAUGCUUCGCAAGGAUUUGGAAGUUGCUGCAGAUUUCAGUAUCACUAAUGGGGUGCCUUGUCUCCUUGAGGUGCUGAAGAAGAGAAACUUUGUCAAGGUUCAGAUCCCAGGCUUGGAAGAGCUCCAAGUUUUUGUCCCCUGCGCUUUGAUGAAUCAGAGGCCACUCAUCUUGCAGCUUCUCAAUGCUGCAGCAGGCAAAGACUGUUCCAAAGAGCCAGAGGAAAUAGCUGAUGACGAGGCCUACCUGCUGAUGAGUAAACACAGAACUGGCUUCACUACUGAUUCUGACUGGGCUCAGUGGGACGGAGAGUUGCUGAAGCUGGUCCCACAGGUGGAAACUGUUGACACUUUAAGCACCAUGAAGGUGGAGAACAUGCUCUUGAUCGUGAUGCAGUCAGCUCACCUGGUGGCCCAGCGUAAGGCCUUUCAGCAGUCUAUGGAGGAUGUGCUCACUCUCAGCCGGGAGCAAACAUCGAGUCAGCCACUCAUCGCGGGCGCUCUGGAGGAGCUCAAGGACGAGGCACUGCAGCUCUGCAUUAAGAUCAGCACUGCCAUUGAACGAGUGGAAUACAUGUUCACCACAGAGUUUGAGGCAGAGGUGGAGGAGUCUGAGUCAGCCACUCUGCAUCAGUACUACAGGGAGGCAAUGAUACAGGGAUACAACUUUGCCUUUGAGUAUCACAAGGAGGUGGUGCGCCUGAUGUCAGGAGAGUUCAGGCAGAGAAUCGGUGAGCGUUACAUAGCAUUUGCCCGCAAAUGGAUGACGUAUGUUCUGACCAAAUGCGAGAGUGGCAGGGGCACCAAACCCAGGUGGGCGACUCAGGGUUUUGAUUUUCUUCAGGCCAUUGAACCUGCCUUUAUAUCAGCACUACCUGAGGAUGACUUCCUGAAUUUACAAGCUUUGAUGAAUGAAUGUAUUGGACAUGUGAUCGGAAAACCCCACAGCCCGGUCACUGGCCUGUACAUUGCUCCCAGGAAUAGUCCUCGGCCCGUUAAAGUUCCUCGCUGCCACAGUGACCCACCGAACCCUAACCUGUUCAUCCCUAACGCUGAGGGAUUCAGCUCUCGAAGUCUACCCUGUGAUCUCCGGAACCAGCUGUUCCCCAACGGCCCUCGCCCCGUCCCUCAGGGCCCGGGGGAACACAGCCACACCAAAGCUCCAGGCAGCACCCCCAGUGACGUCAGGGGAUCCAAUUUCCAUCUGUCUUCCGUAGCAGCAGAGUUGCAGUUCAAAUCUCUGAGCCGCCACUCCAGCCCCACGGAGGACAGAGAAGAACCCUCUUAUCCUAAGGGAGAUCCUAACAGCACUCAACGUCGAAGCUGGGAGCUCCUCACCUUCAUCAGCCAGUCCAAGGACACAGCAGCACGGCAAAGCCCCAUGGAGGCCGUCCGUUGCUCCAUUCGCAAAUUUGAGGAUAAGCGUUACGCCGUGAUGAAGCAGCGCAACAUCAUCGGCCAAGUGUGUCACACACCCAAGUCCUACGACAACGUCAUGCAUGUCGGGCUCAGGAAAGUGACCUUCAAGUGGCAGAGGGGCAACAAGAUAGGUGAAGGCCAGUAUGGGAAGGUAUACACUUGCAUCAAUGUCGACACUGGAGAGCUAAUGGCCAUGAAGGAGAUCCGAUUCCAGCCAAAUGAUCACAAAACAAUCAAAGAGACGGCCGACGAGCUGAAAAUAUUCGAAGGCAUCAAACACCCAAACCUUGUGCGAUACUUUGGCGUUGAGCUCCAUCGGGAGGAGAUGUACAUCUUCAUGGAGUACUGUGACGAGGGCACCCUGGAGGAGGUGUCCAGACUGGGCCUGCAGGAACACGUCAUCAGGCUUUAUAGUAAACAGACCACUACAGCCAUCAAUGUCCUCCACGAGCACGGCAUAGUCCACCGUGACAUCAAAGGAGCCAACAUCUUCCUGACCUCUUCCGGUCUGAUUAAGCUAGGAGACUUUGGCUGCUCAGUCAAGUUAAGGAACAACACUCACACCAUGCCUGGUGAGGUGAACAGCACACUAGGAACUGCCGCGUAUAUGGCUCCUGAAGUAAUCACUAGAGCAAAGGGCGAAGGUCACGGACGAGCAGCAGACAUCUGGAGUUUAGGCUGCGUCCUCAUCGAGAUGGUGACGGGAAAGAGACCCUGGCACGAGUACGAGCACAACUUCCAGAUCAUGUACAAAGUGGGCAUGGGCCAUAAACCCCCCAUCCCAGAGAAGCUGAGCACAGAAGGCAAGGACUUCCUCGGACACUGUCUGGAGAGUGAACCCAAACGCCGAUGGACAGCUAGCAUGCUGCUGGACCACCCAUUUGUCAAGGUCUGUACAGACGAAGAGUGAGUGAGACCUGCUCUGACGCUUUCAAGUUUACACAUAAAAGCACUACUGUACACACUGCUGGCAAAGUGGAAAAAAAUGAACUGUGGACACUGAGAAGUGGGAGUUAAAAAGGCUGAAGGCACAUGGAGCUAAACUGAGGAACUAAUAUAUCAUUUCAGAGAACAACUGGACCUAUGUAGUGUAGGGUUGUUGUGUCUUUAUGUACCCAUGGAUGGGGAGACAGAGGAGGACAAGGGCGGGACUGUACAUACUGUAAGAAAAAGGAUUGGCUUAAGUUCUUGUAUAAACAAUAUUGUGAAGUUAAACUAUUACGACAUUUGUUCUCACUGGUUAAGAGACCUCUGAAAAGGCAUUGAGGAAUACCUCAAUAGACAAAGAAAGGUGUAUGGGGAGGGGGGAGGGGGGUUACAUUCUAUGGCACUUUUAAACUGUUUACCCAAGGGGGGCAGUGGAGUAGAAGAGGGAGACUUCAUUAUUUCAGUCAUCAUGUGAGGCAGAAAAGGAUGCGGUGAAACUCUGUAUGGAAGGAGACGCUGGUUUAGCUUAUAUGAAAUGAGCAACAUCCAAAUAGAUUUUUAAUUUAUCACUUGUCGUUCGACAAGCACGGGCACUAGGAAGGAAUUUUUUUUGUCAUGUGUAUUGUUGUUGUUUUUUUCUUUCUUUCUGUCUUUGCCUUUGCUGAGGGGUAAAAUUUCAAGUUCAAGCAAUGUUCAAGUCUGUUCACUGUUGAAGAGCUGUUCAUGCUACUGGAGCGGAGCCAACAAAGGAGAGGCAGGGACCUGCUGCUGAACACAGACCUUUCACACAACCAAACAUAAUGACUCACACCACAACUUCUGGUCCUCUGCUGCUCUUAUAGUGUUUGCUAUGUACAAACAAUAUUAAUAAACCAAUUUGUUUUGUUUUGUUUUUUAAAAAAACUGAAGUCUUUUGCUAUUUCAUUUUCUAGUUGACCGUAAAAUAUUUAUCUUAACUCAGGCUGUAGCUUAUAAUUUUGUUCUUAACUGAUGAAUCUAUUUUAUAUACAAUGAAUUGGUUCAGAAAAUAUUCAUUGGUAAAAUU